AAUUAAAAUAUAAUAGAAAGGAUAAUAUAGGAAAAAUGAAUGAUAGUUAUGGCUUGAUGUCGAAUAGCCACUAUUUGAAUAAAAAGCUCGAAUCCGAAAUGACCUCAGAAAGAGAUGAUACAAACUCAGAAGUAACUCAGUACCGGUUCAUUCUCCCGAUAAUCAAUAACGAGAUCCGUAAAGAAGAGAUAAACAAAGGCAAGAGAGAUUAAAUAAAUCUUUACAAAAAUCUCAAAAAGUAAACAUCCAAAUCCCAAUCGCUCGGCAGAUGGGCUUCAAAGAAGCAUACGGCCGACAACUCUCAAUUUCCUCAUCAAGCAGCGACGACUACAUGCGUAAAUAAAGCUCCAAAAUUCCCCCUAAAAUCCACCGCAGUUGGCCCUGACGAUCCUUCCCUGCCUAAACUCAACAACAAGGUACUUUCCCCUCCUAAAUCCAGAACCUGAGCGACCAAAUCCAGUUCGAAAACGAGAUGCUAGCUAAGAACUCACCUCAAUUAAUCUCGUUCAAAUAAGUCCAAUAAUUCUACAUAUGCGAUUAGGUAUAAGAAUAGGUUUAAGAAUGGGAAGAAUAAGGUUAAUAAAGAAGAGAUGAAGGAGCAGAAGGUGAAGGGACAGGGCUUGAGAAGUAGAUCUACUUUGGUAAAGAAUAUUAUUUUUGAGCCGGAGAAGACUGAGGUAGCAGAUAUCAAAAUAGAUACAGGAAGCUCUUUUGCAAGAGAAACUAGGAAUCAGAGAAGGAAUCUUUCUCCAAAACAGACUAAUGAUAUGAACCAUGUCAAGAGUAACAAGAUCAAGUUUUUAUUGAAUUGAAAAGAUAUAUUGAAGCAGAAUUACAGGAGAAGAAAAUUUUCAACAAAUCAGUUCUAUCUUCACAAUGAGUCCCAAGAAGGACCUUUAAUGAGAGAAAUAAUCUACAUUCAAAAUCAGAGAAAUGAAGAGCUCAGGAAAAGCCAGGAAAAUUUAAGAUCCAAAAGUGUGACAAAGCUUAAAAAUCCUUUCUACAACCGCUUGGAAGGAAGAAAGCGAAGUGUCGACAAGCUGGAAUGGAAAAAUCAAACUGUGUCCAAUAUCACAAUUGAUCAGAGAGAUAGGAACGAAAAGGGAAACAAAAACAUUCAACCAUCAAUGUCUGAUGUUAAAAAUGCUUAUGAAUACAGUUACUCAACUCCUAACCCUGUUAAUUCAAAAGUAAAAUACAUGAACUCGAAAUACCCUGAGAGGAGUAAUGGCUCGGAAGUGUAUUCUCAUUCUCCAUUCAACAAUUUACAAAAGAAUAUAAAUAAUUCAGAUAGUCUCAAGAUGAACGCUCAUCAUAAAAAGAAUUCUAAUAGUGCUUCAAAGUUAUUCCAAAAACAGAACUACAAAAUUAAGAUGUCUCAAAUAGCAGGAAAGCCAGAUAAUUUCCCUGUUAUGGAAAACCCAAAUGACAAAAAUUCCCGCCUGUAUCAAUUCAUCAGGGAAAGAAUCAACAGGACAGAUCAGAAGCCGAAUUUAAAGCAAAGAUUAGUUGAACCUCAGAGACAAAACCUGGACUCCAUCCAUAGCAAUUCCGCCUUGAAAAAGGUGAAUACUAAAAACAAAUCCCUUAUGAGUGAGAUGCUUGCUAAUAGGUGCUCUCUGAAUCUUUUUUGAAUAGACCAUUGAACUACUUUUACCACGCUAGUUGGGAAUAUCCUUUAAUAACACCAUUUCAAG